AUGAGGCAGAGUUGUUGCCAUGACGCUGCUUCCUUUGUAGUACUGAUUUUGCUGUUUUGUGAAGCCCCUCCCAAAGGCCUAUCUGACGUCAUCCCUAAAGAUGAGUGUGGAACAAGGCCUCUUGUGGACGAGAUACCAUCAGGGACCCGGAUUGUAGGCGGACAUGAUGCUCCCGUUGGAGCUUGGCCGUGGCAAGUUAGUCUCCAAGUUUACCGAUUUGGUUUAGGAUAUAGCCAUGUAUGUGGCGGAUCUUUAAUAAAUCACAACACAGUACUGACAGCAGCACACUGCAUUCGAAAAUGGGUGGAUCCAGAGUUUUGGAGGGCAGUGAUAGGGAUGCAUCAUAUUUUCAAACAUCAAUCUUAUACAAUAAAGAGCCGGGUUAGGGCUAUCAUUCUCCACGCUGGGUUCAACCAGAUGACCUUCCAAAAAGACAUUGCCUUAUUUAAACUAGUCAGCUCUAUCACAUUCAAUGCAUUUAUUCAGCCCAUCUGCUUACCUGAUGGUCCUCUUCAUUUGAAUGCAGAGACUCCCUGUUACAUAAGUGGAUGGGGAAAUACGAAUGAGAAAGGUAACCCAAGAGUUGUAUUACAAGAAGCUCAAAUAAACAUUAUUUCACAAGAGAAAUGUAAUAGCCACGAAUGGUAUGGAGGGGCAGUAUAUGAGGAUAUGCUUUGUGCUGGCUCAGAAGGUGGUGGUGUUGACAGUUGCCAGGGAGACAGUGGUGGACCACUGGUGUGCUAUUUGCCAAACGACACCAAGUAUUAUCUGAUAGGCAUCACCAGCUUUGGCCUGGGCUGUGGUAAACCAAAAUUUCCAGGAAUCUAUAUACGUACAGCCACUUACAGAAGUUGGAUAAAUUCACAAGCUAUUCUAUAUGACCAAACCACCACUGUGCGCAUUCCAUGCAUUCUGAUCUUUUUGAGUGUGGGCUGGCCAACUUUGCCUCUUGUUCUAUGAGGAGGCAAAUACUCAAAAUGACUUUAGGUAGGGUUUUAAUCUUGCU